UACGAAAAAGAUAUAAUAAAAAAAAAAUUCACAAAAUCUUUUUACAAAAAAAAAAAAAAAGAUUGAAAUCCUUCCUAUAAACGUCUCUUCUCUCUUUCAUCACUGCAAGAAACUUAAUCACAACUCUCUUCUUUCUUUGUCUCUCUCUCUCUCUCUCUCAUUUUUAAUGGCGACCCAAGAUUCUCAAGGGAUUAAACUCUUUGGCAAAACCAUAACAUUCAACGCCAACAUCACACAGACAGUUAAAAAAGAAGAGCAGCAACAACAACAGCCAGAGUUACAAGCAACAACACCCGUUAGAUCAUCAUCGUCGGAUCUGACGGCUGAGAAGCGUCCAGACAAGAUCAUCCCAUGUCCGAGAUGCAAGUCCAUGGAGACUAAGUUCUGUUACUUCAAUAACUACAACGUUAAUCAACCACGACACUUCUGCAAAGGUUGUCAGCGUUACUGGACCGCCGGUGGAGCUCUCCGGAAUGUUCCCGUCGGUGCCGGUCGUCGAAAGUCCAAACCUCCGGGACGUGUCGGUGGGUUCGCCGAGUUGCUUGGAGCUGCGACUGGAGCCGUUGAUCAAGUGGAGCUGGACGCUUUGCUAGUGGAAGAGUGGCGAGCCGCCACUUCUCACGGUGGUUUCCGGCAUGAUUUUCCCGUGAAGAGACUUCGUUGUUACACCGAUGGUCAAUCUUGUUAAUUAUUUUUACAUUUUUAGUUGUUUGUUUUCGGGUUUGGGUUUGGGUGGUUUGCUAUAUUUAACCCGUAGAAAGAAAGAACGUGGUUAAAUUUGCUUUGCUUUGAUUACUCUGGAUAUGUACAGGCUAGCAACAAAAUUUAACUAGUUAAUUACUAAUUAAUUAGUAGGUUUUUAAGACUUGCUUCUCUACUAAACAGCUGUCGCUAUUUAAUUUCUCUUGUUGAAAAAAUUUUAGUUGUAAAUUGAAGCUCGUGGCCGAGGGAUUUUCCUUGUCGUUGACCAUUAAUUACCAUCAUCGAAACUAUUUUAUUA